CUGCCGCUCCGGGGGCGGUGCCGCGGCCUGGCCCAGGCAGAGGCCGCGGUGGGCGGCGGGGCGCGGGAUGAGUCGUCUGGUUCCGCACUCGCGGCUCCUCCUGCGCAAGACCCAGGUGGUGCCGCGGGGGCUGCUCCGCGCCGCCUCCGACGUAGGCAUGGAGGAGCUGCUGAGCCGCUCAGUGCCGCCGCUGCCGCCCUACGAGACCAAGGAGAAGGCGCCGCCCCCGGCCGAGCUGCGCGGCGCGGAGUUCAUGCGGUAUUACCGCGGCCUUGCCGGGCCGCCCCGCGCUGAGCUCCUCGCUCGUCUGGCCCGCGACUUCGGCGUGGAUCACGGGCGGGUGGCGGAGUUCAGCGCCAAAGUGCUGCAGGCCCGGGAACAGCAGAGGGAGCUGGGAGCCCUGCUGCAGGCCGAGGACCGGCUGCGUUACUACCUGAACCCGCGGUACCGGGGGCUGUUCCAGCACCUGGGCCGCCUGGAGGGAGGGCUGCGCUUCCUGGUGGAGCUGAGGGGAGACCUGGUGGAGGGGCUGGCGAGCAAGGAGGUGGAUGGGCCUCACGUCAAGGAAAUGAGUGGUGUUCUAAAGAACAUGCUCUCAGAGUGGUUUUCAACAGGAUUCCUAAAUCUGGAGCGGGUCACGUGGCAAUCACCUUGUGAAGUACUCCAGAAAGUCAGUGAUUCUGAAGCCGUGCAUCCUGUUAGAAACUGGGUUGAUAUGAAGCGUCGAGUGGGGUCAUAUAGAAGAUGCUACUUUUUUUCUCACUGUGCAAUCCCAGGAGAGCCGUUGAUAGUCUUGCAUGUUGCAUUAACCAGUGAUAUCUCCAGCAGCAUCCAGGCCAUAGUGAAAGAAGUGGAACCUUUAGAAACAGAGGAUACAGACAAAAUUACAACAGCAAUUUUCUACUCAAUCAGUUUGACUCAGCAAGGACUGCAGGGGGUGGAACUUGGGACUUACCUUAUCAAGCGUGUGGUAAAGGAGCUGCAGAAAGAACUUCCUCAGAUAAAAACUUUUUCUACUCUCUCGCCUAUCCCCGGGUUCACAAAAUGGCUCGUUGGUCUCCUCUCCUCACAGACAAAAGAACUGGAAAAGAAUGAACUUUUUACAGAAUCAGAACGCCAAGAACUAUCUCAGGUCACAGGAGACUGUACCACCGAAACACUAAAGAAGCUCUUAAACAACAACGAAUGGGUGCGAUCAGAAAAAUUAGUCAAGGCUCUCCAUUUGCCACUGAUGAGACUGUGUGCCUGGUAUUUGUACGGGGAGAAACACCGCGGCUACGCACUGAACCCAGUAGCAAACUUUCACCUUCAGAAUGGCUCCGUGUUGUGGCGGAUAAACUGGAUGGCAGACACGAGCCCUCGGGGCAUUGCUGCUGCGUGUGGCAUGAUGGUGAACUACCGGUACUUCUUAGAGGAUACAGCCACUAACAGUGCUGCCUAUCUGGGGACAAAAGCCAUUAAAGCCUCAGAGCAGGUUCUUUCCUUGGUGUCGCAGUUCCAGCAGAAUAGCAAGCUUUAAAACUAAGGACAAGUGGUUUUCACUUGUAAGGAGCUGUCAUAUUUUGCAGUGCCUGUAUUUAAAUGCGAUCAUCCCUUAUAAAACAAAUUUACUCAGCACGGCAGGGUACAAAAUUAUCUAAAUUAUCAGCUGUCUUGCUUACACUGCCAUAUAUUCAAAGCCUGAUUUGUUGCAGUUGAAUCACUUGAAGUACUAGACAUCUGUUAUGUACAAAUGAAUUGGAGGUACAUAUUCAGGAGUGAGCAAAUUCUCUCAACCAAUCCAAUGGUAACUUGUAUGGCUGAAGUAUUUUCCAUACUGUUAUUCUGUUGGUAAUAAACAUGUAUGAAUGUCAUGGUUUUCGCUGGGGUAGAGUUGAUUUUCUUCAUAGAAGCUUACAUAAUGUUGUGUGUUGGGCUUUGGUACAAUAGUGUCAAUAAGACUGUGAUUGUAGUUGCUGCUGAGCAGUGCUUACAUGGAGCCAAGAACAUUCCAGCUUCUCGUGCUGCCCCACCAGCAAGCAGGCUGCAGAUGUGCAGGAAGCUGGGAGAGGACAGAAGCAGAACAGCUGACCCAAACUGGCCAAAGGAAUAUUCCAUAUUGUAUGGUGUUGGCCCUAGAAUUUGCCCUGCUUUCCUGGCAGUCGCUGCACUGUCUGCCUACCGAUGGAAUGUAGCAAAGUAAAUCAUUGUUUUGCUUUCCUUGCACACACAGUGAGAACCCACCAGUUCUUGUGCCUUUAACUUUUUGAUUUCCUUCCCUCAUUCCAUGUGGGGAGAGUGGGCAAGCAACUGUGUGGUCCUGAGCUGCCUUUGGGGUUAAACCACAGCGAUAAACUGUGUGUCUUCUGUGCCUUUAGACGGUGCUGUGCUUCUCUGUCACACUGCCCCUAUAGAUAGAUUAGUACUGAAGAACCUGCAAAGAAGUACUGCAUGAAGGUGAAUUUUUUGGUCAAGUAUAUUAGCAAAACACUGGUGUACAAUUUUAUGUCAGUAAUGACUUUGUCUUUUUCUCCCUCAGACAAUUUAAUGUAAAACCACUAAAAUUCACACUGAAUCUUUGCUUUGUUGGAGCACUGAAAAGCCUUACAUAAAUGUUCUUGAAAAUCAGGGCUUCUCAGGGAAGCAGGUACGUAGUGUUGUAACUGCACUUUUUUCUGCUGAAGUAUGAUGAGCAAGAAGGAAGUGUUGAAGUAGAAGAGCUGAUAAAGAGAUGUUUUAAUGAACAGGUAGGUGUGUUUUGUAAACCAAUAAAAUAAACUUUCUCAUUAAA